AUGAGCGAUGCCGCAGAUCCACAACCCCCAGCAGCUACCCUUCCGGGGGAGAAUCGGGAGAGCAACGAUGUGCGCUACUCAAAGCUACUGAAGCAAAAGCGGGGGGAGUUCCUAGAUCAUCUGCUCAGAAGCUUAGAUAUGAUCGCCUAUUGCCAUUUCUCAUAUUUGUAUUUCUUAGAUUGUAGUCUGUUUAGAUUCAUUAUCCGUUCAGCAAUUCAACUUAACUUCCUCACACCAAAGCCUCCGAAUUUUCCUGUGCAUUCUCAGCGCCGCCCAGCCAUUGUCGCGCUGUUUGGCAGUACAGCAUUUUGUUUUCUGUGCCAUGUUCUUGGAGCCGCGCCGAGCGCUGGAGAGCUAAGCAAUGGCUAUUUACAUGGCGGAUUUAUUAUAGACUUUAUCGGGCAAGAGGGCCCAAUCUCAAAAUGGAGACUUGGUUUUAUGGACGCUAUAAUACUAUCCUUACAGGUCGUUAUGUUGAGCCUCGUGGUUUCAAAACAAGAUCAAGAGGCCGCGGAUAUGAUUACUGAGGGACGGAGAAAUAUCACCCCUGCACAAGAUUUGGAGUCGGAAGAGCGAGGGGAGAUACGUCGACACUCGUUUGCCUCAUUGAAUUCCAACCGCUCUAGCAAUUUAUCAGAGGCACGAAGGCCAGAUGAGACCCCAUUGAUGGAUAGUGAUGAACACACAAUCGGUAUAAUAGUGGAUGAGAGUAGCGAAUCCGAGCGGGAGAGGCUACGAAGGGUCUUUGAGCUCACCUCAGGGGAGUUUGUAGCUGCGGAGCUCAAGGUUGUGGAGAACAAGUGGUUUUGGGCGUCUUCUACUCUUAUUUACUUCUAUAGUAAUAUAUUAAAAAUUGGACCGUACUAUAGGCAAUGCUCUAAAUGGACAAUCUCCUAUAUUAAAUGGGAACUCUGCCUUGACGAUGCCCCAUUACACUCAAGUCUCGGCGCGGUGCGGGCUGUGUAUCUACAUGUAGUACAUGGAGUUCGGGUUGUUUGGAGUAGGAUUCAUGGCAGCCAGGGGAACUAA